AUGAGCAAACAAGGAAGAAGCCGCCCAGCCGGUGUUUUUCUGGUUUGCCCUCUUAAUGCAACAGCCAAAAACGCCAACUUCACGGCCACCAUUACACAAGAAUGGUGGAGCACGACGUUCAAGCAGUCGAUUGCCAACAUUGGCCAUGUGCUGCUGGUGCUCAUGCCGUGGCGAGACCCUGUUCCCUUGACACGCGCGUGGUGCCUGUGGGAGAUCUUCUGUGGCAUCAGCAACGAGGGCACAGAGGUCACCAUCCAACUACCCAACAGCGAGGAACAGGCGCUGGAAGAUGCUAUUCGCGACAGCUAUAAAGCCGUCACAGACACGCUGGUGCGCGUUCAGGCACAAAGAGCCGACGCCUUUAACCCCCAUGACAAACACAUGAUCUUCACGGCGAUCGAGUCGUGGGCGGGCGGCUUUGGCGCAGUCAACCAGGCCGUGAAGGAUCAGCUGCGCGCGUGGUGCCUGCAAAAGGCGGUGGGUGCCGUCGAAGCCAUGCGAGCGCGAGGCGAGGACAGCACUGACGCCUUCGCGCACUUGUGCCACAGUGUUGGGCUGGUGCUGGAUGACUUUGGCCAGCACGAUCGCGCCAUUGCGUUCUACGAAGCAGCCCUGGCGAUUUACCUCCGCACCGAAGGGGAGAAGGGCGAGAACGUGGCGGCGUUGUACAACAACCUCGGCGGCGCCUACGAUGACAAGGGAGAAUACGACAAGGCGAUUGCGUUUUACGAGAAGGACCUCGCCAUCACGGUGGAGGCCUUGGGCGAGAAACACCCGAGCACAGCCGAGACGUACGGCAACCUCGGCGCCGCCUACAGGAACAAGGGCGAGUACGACAAGGCGAUUGAACACUUCGAGAAGGCGCUCGCCGUCUUCGUGGAGGCGCUGGGCGAGCAACACCCCAGCACGGCACAGACGUACAACAACCUCGGCAACGCAUACAAGAACAAGGGCGAGUACGACAAGGCGGUUGCGUUUUACGAGAAGGACCUCGCCAUCACGGUGGAGACGCUGGGCGAGAAGCACCCGAGCACAGCCGACACCUACAACAACCUCGGCGCCGCAUACGAAAACAAGGGCGAGUACGACAAGGCGAUUGCGUUUUAUGAGAAGGCGCUCGCCAUCAAGGUGGAUACGUUGGGUGAGAAGCACCCGAGCACAGCUAGCACGUACAACAACCUCGGCACCGCAUACUACAGCAAGGGCGAGUACGACAAGGCGAUUGCGUUUUACGAGAAGGACCUCGCCAUCACGGUGGAGACGCUGGGCGAGAAGCACCCGAGCACAGCCGACACCUACAACAACCUCGGCGCCGCAUACGAUGACAAGGGCGAGUACGACAAGGCGAUUGCGUUUUACGAGAAGGCGCUCGCUAUCACGGGGGGAGCGCGAACUGCGGCGCAUUCUCAGUGCUGA